CUCUCUCUCUCAAUCUCACAGACCUGCCUAUGUCCCUUUCUUUCAUAUUCACUGCUCUCCAGAGCUCCAUUGUGACCGGUCUGUGUCUGUCAAUGUCUCCUGCCUUCUCCAUGUCACAUUCCAGCUUCCAGAGCACAGCGUCCUCCUGACAUGGGUUAUAAAGAGAAGCACAGCUCCAGUAUGCAUCUGCACACGGCGUUAUGAUCACCUUCUACCUCCAGUGGCUUCGUUUGAACUGUUUUGAAUAGGCAAACAGACUCUCUAAGGACAACUUACUUUUCUAUUUUCUUCCUUUCUCUGAGUUUUUUGGACUUGUAUGUAAACUCACUUACACAAACAGCUCACUCACAAACAGUGGAAAACUCAAGCAAAACAGUCUUUCACGACUCCAGCUCAGAUGUGUGUUGCUUGGACAAGAGAAAGGACAGAAUACAUUGGUGUGAGAUCUCAUAAAUGAACCACUAUGUGUCAGCACACUCCAGUUACACACAAUAAGUGAUCCAGAGAGCGUCUGUGGAUGAAAUGUUUACAGCUUUCCUCAAUGAAAGGCAAGCCACACCUGUGGAGAUGGCUUUAGUAAGCAAUGCACUGGCUGCUUACUCCUUCAUAGCAGAUAACCCGGAACGGGCGGCCCUGUAUUUUGUGUGUGGGGUGUGUUUGGGACUGGUUCUCACUCUCAUCGCGUUAGUGGUGCAGAUCUCCUGUCGAACUGACUGCAAAACGCAACAAGCGCCCAAGAAAACAGGAAAGACUUUGGAGAGCACCAGCGACACGAGCGACAGCGACUCGGACUGGGACAAUACCUCCGACCUGUCGGCACGCCGCCACCGGCGCUUCGAACGGACGCUCGGUAACGUGUUCACCUCCGCGGAAGAGCUGGAGCGCGCGCAGCGACUGGAGGAACGCGAGCGCAUUAUACGGGAGAUCUGGAUGAACGGACAGCCGGACAUACCGGGCACGCGCAGCCUGAACCGAUACUAUUGAAGUUUUUGAAAGAAUGAGACUGAAGUUUUGAGGAAAUAUUAAACUAUACAGUUUUGGGAUACAGUAAGGGACUGAAAUAUGAGAAAAACAAACACUUACGAAACGUUUAGGAACAACUCUUCUGGUGGCACUGGCGCAACUAGUCAAGAAUUUGUGUUUUUUGAAGGUGCACUCGGUAUAUGUUUUGUUUAUGUUGCACCGAUAGUCGUGUUAAACUUAUGGGCGGCUCGCAACCAACUGAAAAAGCAAUGUUUUUGGUUAGUGGUAAAUUUAGGUAAAUUGGGACACUGUUGCCAUUGAAAUGUCCUAAUCAAAAAUAUCCCAGUUAACCUGAAUUUACUGAUGACACUGUAGAAAUGCAAUUUUACUCACGAGUAAGAAACUUUAACAAAUAUACACUCUUGUUUUGCUCAAUGUAAAAUAAAUCAGUGCUUAUUAAGUUACUGAUUUGACUUAACUGUUGACUUAAUGACCCCCCCCCCCCCCCCCCCAAGUGCUAUUCAUAUCUUUAUGUGUAAAACAGUUUAAUGAGGGAAAAUUCCUUAGUGCACCUUUAAUGAAAGCAUGUUUUUGAUGAAGAAUACACCAUGCAAUCAUAAACAAGUGGAGGAAAAAUAAUAUGCUUGAACUUUGCAUAUGCUUGACUUGAAAUAUGUAUUUUAGAAUUAAUUUUGUCUGAAAUUAGGUUAGGCCAUGUUGACUUUGGACGAUUCAGACACCUAAUUUUAUUGAGAUCUUAUUCUUUUUUUAUAUGGUUAAUAUCUUUUUUUAUUUAAGCAAAAUGUCUUUCUGUUACAAACAUUUUUAUUAUACUAAAGCUUUGUCUUGGAGCUCAGGGUUUUCAUGACCUCCGUGAAGGAUUUUUACUCAUUUGCCAUAUUUUGCCAGCCAACAAAAUACAAUGGUCUGUGCCUUCAUUUGAGAAAAAAAAAAUAAAAUAAUAAAAUCACUGUAAAAAUGAAAAGAUACUUGAGGUGGAAAACCUAUUCACAAUUUUACUAAAAGAUCAGUUCUAGAGGGUUCUGCCAGUAUGUCGAUCAGAGUAUCUUUUCAUUUUUACAGUGAUGCCUUCUUCAAGCAAUUAGUAAUUAUGCGUGGAAGACAAUCACGUCUGUUUUCCUAGAUUUUUCACUGGGUAGUAUGACUUUUCUACAUUGUGCUAUAGGUACAAUCCAUCCAUGCAUGAGCAGCUCAGUCCAACAUAAUGGUCCAGAAAUGUCAGAUAUAUCAAAUAUGUUUCUGUCCUCAUUUUACCCUUUGGUGUUCAACAUAUGGAGCAUUUUAAUAACGUUACAAAUAAGCUCAUAUGCUUCCAAUGAGACAUUCCACACUCAUUCAGUGUAAGUUUUUCAGCAAUAUUUACAUAUGCAUUUACUAGAAAAUAAAUAUGUGAGGAAUUUGUAUCUGGUUGUCUUUAAACAUUUUUUGUUCUGAAGUAACGUGCAAAAACGUUUGUCUGUGGAUAAAGUCACUGCAUCUUUCGAUUAAAUAAAAACCAAAGCUUUCAAAA